UCUCAGUCAGCCAUUCCUCCAUCCACUGCCUGGACCUUCUCCCUCCUGCCAGGCGCCCAUGAGCCCACCAGGACGGCUGCAACUUUGCAACUGAAGCGUCUCCGAGAAACAUCUAGCGAACCUCCCCACGCCCCGCCCACGCCCACGCCCUCAGCACCAUGACCAGGAAGGUGUUCACCAACACCCGCGAGCGCUGGCGCCAGCAAAACGUCAACAGCGCCUUCUCCGAGCUGCGCAAGCUCAUCCCCACGCACCCGCCCGAGAAGAAGCUGAGCAAGAACGAGAUCCUGCGGCUGGCCAUGCGCUACAUCAACUUCCUGGUGCGGCUGCUGGAGAGCCAGGGCGGCGGGCUGCCGUCCGUGGCGGAGCACGCCCCCGCCGCCCUGCUCACGCUGCUGAGGGGCAACAUGGAGCAGCUGUGCUCGCCCUCCCGCCACCCCUGGAGCCUGGCCAGCGACACGGAGGCGCCCUCGCCCGGCUCCAGCUGUGGCAGCUCGGAGGCCUGGUGAGGACUCUCAGACCCGCUUGGUCAGGUCUCCUGCGGGACUCCCGCCGAGUCUGCGGCAGCCGAGUGGUCGGGUCUGACCUCGGAUCCCAGUGGACUGCAUGCUCGCAGCUGGAAGUCAUUUAUUCCAACAGGUGUGCUAAUUAGUCAGGGGGGGUCUGGAGUGCGGCGGCCCACAAUUCAUGUGUUCAUACAUGAUGGCCUGUUCAUCAUUUAGCAUUUAUUCAUCUGCACUGAAUUGCUUUCAGCAUCUUUAAACGGACAAACUGUAUCAAAUUGUGAUAUUAUUCCACAAACAUUGUGACUGACAAAUGCCUCAAAAAGCACUUUUAAGUCCGGCCGACUGAGGAGAAUCUGCACUGCUAUUUCUUUUCCAAGCUAGGAAGGUGACCAUGUUUUUGUGCAGUUUGCAUCUGGUCUGGCCAAAGAUUGUUGACAAGUGAAGAAUGCGUGAAUUAGAUACCUCGUCUUUUGUGUAACUUAUUUUUCUCCUGCCUGUGAAAAUUAUUAUUUAUUUGAACUAUUUAUUAAAUAAACCGUUUGUUAAGUAAA